ACUCGACAGCAACAGCACAUCACGUACAAUUUUCAUGAAAAUAUAAAUAAACAACAACGUUCACAAUGACGGUGACCGUGAAAUUCAUUGUGUUGUCCUUGUUAUUACUGGUUAACUACUGUGUGUUCUUAGUGGCGGCACCGGCAACUAGUUCAACCAAGCCCAAAACAUAUUUGGUGAGAAAUAAGAACGUCUCGAAUGCAAAAGACCAACUAAUACUCGCUUAUGCGCUCAACGACGGGACGGCUCAGAUGAAAAAAGGAACGCUAGUACAAAACGACGAUGGAACCGGUUUCGUAUUAAACCAAGAGGGGUCGUACUCGUUUGUCGCCCCCGAAGGCUACAAUGUAAAAAUGUCGUACGCAGCUGACAAGAACGGUUUCGUAAUGAAAGGAUACCCCUAGUUCAUAUAAAAUA